AUGCUUCCCAACAUUCUCGAAAGCACCUACAAGAGGUACAAGUAUGAUACAUCCACCUUCAUCAAGUGGCUAUUCAAGAGUGGACAAGCAUGCGGAUACGCCUCAAAGACGCCAGCUGCUGGGCUUGAGACCCAAGACGAGAAUGUACCGGCCAAGGUACCUCGUUUGAAAGGGAAAGCACGAAUGCAAGCAAAGAAGACACCUAGUGCUGCACCUUCAACUAAGUCAAAGGAUACUCACCCAGAGCAGAAGCUGGUGGAUUUGAAGGAACUUCUUCCUCUCGUCAAAGCCAUUACAAAGCAAGCAAAUAAAGGCCACAACUACUUCAUCUCGUUGAUGGAAGAGGUCAUCAUGGCCCUUCAACCAUGUUUCGCAGUUCGUACCGCUGCAGCUGCAGUCGAACAGGAUGUCGUGCCGUCGAGAAGUAUCGAGGAUCUGGAAAAUCGCUUUGCAAGUCUAGAAAUUGAAGAGCCUCUUGAGAAUACUGGAGCAGAAGAAUCUAAUGAUUCCAAUGUGUCUGUUGGACCAGUCUAUGAUAUUGAGCCACCUAAGACCGAGAAACAAAUCGAGGAAGAAAAUCUAUUUGCUUUGUUCUGUCUUUUCGACGAUCUCCAGCGUCUGCGCUCUUUCAUACAGAAGCUGUGGGCUUCAAUGCCGGCAAGAUCAAUCUCAUCACUGCCUCUGUCACAACCAAUGCAGCUUUCCAGCUGGCAAUUCGCACGCAGGACGAGAUUCUUGUGGCAUAUCCUGAAUAUCCCGUGCUCACAGAUUCAAGGCAUCCUCGCAGCGGUGAUGAAUGCAUACGCCGUAAACUCCCAUCAAGACCUCGAGCUCGAGAUAGACGAUUCUGUAAUUCACUGGAUGUUUGCCCCAGCCCACAAUAUUCUUGACAGUUUCUGCGCCAUCUUGCAACCAAAGGAAGUUCCUCUGAUCAAGAGAGGCAAUUCUGGAGUCUAUGAUCCUAGAGCAAAUAUACAGCGACAGCGGGAAGACAUGGUACUGCUUCUCGAAAUACUCCCCGAGUUCGCAUUCAUUUAA